AUGGAUAAUAUAUUCAAAUAUAGUGAUAAGACACUGGUGUUUGCAUACUUCUUCAUUUUUGGGCUUAGUGCAAUAAUGUUGUCAUUUUUUAUAUCCACCUUUUUCAAAAGGGCCAAAACAGCUGUAGUUGUUGGAACUCUAUCAUUUCUUGGUGCGUUUUCCCCUUAUUACACUGUCAACGAUGAGGGAGUUUCUAUGAUCUUGAAGGUUCUUCCGUCUCUACUUUCACCUACGGCAUUUGCUCUGGGUUCUGUCAACUUUGCUGAUUAUGAGCGUGCUCAUGUUGGGCUGCGUUGGAGCAACAUAUGGCGGGAGUCCUCUGGAGUGAACUUUUCCGCAUGUCUUCUAAUGAUGAUACUUGAUACACUGCUCUAUUGUGCAAUUGGACUGUAUUUCGAUAAGGUUCUUCCAAGGGAGUAUGGACUGCAAUAUCCAUGGAACUUUAUUUUCAAAAAAGACUUGUGGAGAAAGAAAAAAAUUGUAAAUAAUUGUUCCUCCAGUUUUAAAGUUAAAAUUACUGGUAAUAGUUCUGAGCCGAAAGGGAAUCUCUUUGGGCAAGAUACUACCAAUCCUGCUAUAGAAGCAAUAAGCUUAGACAUGAAACAAGAGGAGCUUGAUGGCAGGUGCAUUCAAAUCAGAAAUUUGCAUAAAGUGUAUGAUGCUAAAGAAGGAGAUUGUUGUGCUGUUAACUCAUUAAAACUGACAUUAUAUGAAAAUCAGAUUCUUGCUCUUCUAGGACAUAAUGGAGCUGGAAAAAGCACGACAAUAUCAAUGCUUGUUGGUCUUAUUCCCCCUACUUCUGGAGAUGCUUUGAUUUUUGGAAAGAACAUUGUCUCUAACAUUGAUGAGAAACAGAAGGAAUUUGCGUGGUUAUUGACAUCGGUUCUAAUCUUUCUUUCUUUAAGAACGUGA